ACGCCGGGACGCGACGGGACUGGCAAAGUAGAUAUUUUUUUCAAUGACGCUUUUUGGCGCGACGCAACCGCGUAUCCACGGCCUUUCUCCCAGCAACAGCAGCCUUAUCGUUGUCUUCACCCCCUCCAACCUCUCACCUCUGCACAGAAAGGCAGCAUGUCGAGGAUGCCGCUCCCUCCGUCCCCUCCCCCCUCCCUCUCCAGCAAGGCCCCCACCCUGCCCUUCUCCCCCAAGAAGACGCCGCCGAUGCCCGUCUACAAGGACCUGCACUUCAACCACGACCUCUCCGCCACCAAGAAGUUGCAGGCUGGUGUGGACCUGGUGGCGCGGCUGGUGGGGGUGACCCUGGGUCCCAAGGGGAGGAAUGUGGUGCUCGCCAACAAGUAUGGCCCUCCCAAGAUCGUCAACGAUGGGGAGACGGUCCUCAAGGAGGUCGAGUUGGAGGACCCGCUGGAAAAUCUAGGAGUUAAAUUGGUCAGACAGGCCGGCGCCAGGACGAACGAUAUUGCCGGCGAUGGGUGUACCACUUCUAUAAUCCUUGCUCAAGGCCUCAUUGCUGAAGGAAUGAAGGUUCUUGCUGCUGGAAUGAAUCCGGUUCAAAUUGCGCGUGGCAUUGGGAGGACUGCUGAUGCUUUGGUUUCUGAACUCAAGUUGAUGUCACGUGAGAUUGAAGAUCAUGAAAUAGCACACGUGGCUGCAGUUAGCGCCGGAAACGACUACGCUGUCGGAAACAUGAUUUCUGAUGCUUUUAAAAGAGUAGGGAGGGAAGGCAUGGUUAGGAUUGAAAACGGGAGAAGCACUGUAAACAGUUUGGAGGUUGUCGAAGGAAUGCAGUUUGAACGUGGUUACCUCUCACCGUUCUUUGUGACUAAUCAUGCAAAUAUGUCCGCGGAGUACACUGACUGUAAGAUCCUGUUGGUUGACAAGAUAAUUUCUGAUCCAAGGGAACUUUUAAGGGUAUGCUUUAGUGCUGUAAAAGAAGAUUUUCCAUUGUUAAUAAUUGCUGAGGAUGUCGAAGAAGAAGCAUUGUCUACUUUGACGAGAAACAAGCUAUCAGGGAUGAUCAAAGUGGCAGCAAUUAAGGCUCCUUCUUUCGGUGAACAAAAAACCCAAUGCUUAGAAGACAUUGCAAUCAUAACAGGAGGUACAGUAGUGAGAGAUGACAUGGGAUACACACUAGAAGAGGCAGGGCAAGAGUUCUUAGGCUCUGCUUCUAAAGUAAUAGUCAAGAAAGAUUCAACACUAAUUGUUACUGAUGGAAGCACCCUUCAUGCAGUUGAGAAAAGGGUUGCUCAGAUAAAAGGCCAAGUUGAGAACUCAAAGGAGAGGUACCAGAAAAAGAUACUGGGUGAGAGGAUUGCAAGGUUAUCUGGUGCAAUUGCAAUCAUUCAGGUUGGUGCUCAAACAGUCAUUGAGCUGAAAGAUAAGAAACUGAGAAUUGAAGAUGCCCUUAAUGCAACCAUGGCAGCUAUUGAGGAAGGUGUUGUAGUUGGUGGUGGAUGCAGCCUACUAAGAUUAUCCCAGAAGAUUGACAUGAUCAAGGAAUCAUUGGAUAAUUUAGAGCAGAAGAUUGGUGCUGACAUCUUCAAACAUGCUCUGAGCUACCCUAGCACACUAAUAGCUAACAAUGCCGGGAUGAGUGGCAAGUUCGUCAUCGAAAAGGUGCUGGCAAAUGACAAUGCAAGUUAUGGCUACAAUGCUGCCAACGGCUGCUAUGAGGACUUGAUGGCUUCUGGAAUAUUGGACCCAUCAAAGGUUGUGAGGUGUUGCAUAGAGCAUUCUGCUGUUGUUGCCAAGUCUUUUCUCACCUCCGACGUAGUGAUCGUGGAGGCGCAAGAAAGCAAACCGAUUCGCGUAAGGCCCCCAAUGCCCCCUAGGAACCUGAUUCCCCCAAUGCCUGCAUCAGUUUCAGGUAUUCGAGUGUAGCAUUCACGCUCUUGUUUGGAGCCACCACAAAUGUGCGUGGGAUGAAUAAUUUUGUGGGCAAGUCUGUCAAGAUAUGAGCUGGAAGAAAGAUUUACUACCACUUCCGAUUAAACAUUGCUCUUAAGGAGAGGAGAGCGAGGGUCCUCCUCAGGCCGUGUGUGCAACGUUUUCCUCGGCAGAGAAGAACUCAAAAGAUGCCAACCAGAGCGCCCAUGGGGGCUCUCCGGGAAGUUCGUACAGGCAUUCACACUACAGCUGCGGUUCAAUGUAGUGCACACUGACAAGUUUAUGCGAGCAAAUAGCAUCCCAUCAUUUUGCUGAUGAAACUAAUCAAUCUUUUCCUUUGGAGAA